CAUAAUGAUAUAAUUUGAUAUCAUGCAGUUCGGGAAUUAAAUGACUUGCAACCAGAUGAGCUUCUUGCACUUUUUAGCUAGAUCCAUGGCGAUACCAUACUGCUGAGCUUGCCUACAAUCUUAUACAGUGUAGUUCGUCAGCAGUGCCUUGAAACGUAUCAGGCUUGCAGGGUUCAAAUUCGAGUCAACAGCUGGAGAGGAAAUCUUUAGUGGGGUUAAUGACGACCACCAGCCGAGGAAGCUUCCCUGGCAUCUUUCAACAUCAGCUAUCUCAACUGCAUCCACGUUGAUGUAGUCAAGGUAGACCGCACCUCAACCCUAGCUGCUACUCUCCCAUUCGCAUCAGUCAUCGGCACCAUGUCGCUGAUACAGCUGUCGCGACUGAUCGACCUGCCCGACUCGGACCUACAACAAGUCCUUGACUACGCCCAGACGCUUUCCAAGCCGGAAGCAGCAGACCACUUCAAAAACCUACUGGGCGACUCGCCACAGGCGAUUGAGUUCAUCUCGAGCUUCAACUCGCGCCGCAAGGAUCCCAAAGCCCCAGCCGCAUCUUCCUCGUCGACCGCGUCUCAGUCGCAAAGCUACGCAAGUGCAAGUGGAAUUGACGCCGUUCCCAAGCCUCAGCGUUCAGCAAAGCAGAAGAAGCAGCGAGCACUACACACCCCGGCCCCACGACAGGUCGUCAAUCUUGGGCCCACUCCCGGCACUACAUACAGCAAGAAGAACGUUGAGGACGAUUACAUCUCGACUCGAUCCUCAUCCGGCGCCGCCAGCCCUGCCCCAAGGCCUGGCCCCGCGAGGCAGCCCCCGGUCAAAUCUGCGACUCCUCCACCGCCAAAGCCACCGCCGUCUGCUGCUGGGUCGCUUAUAUCUGAUUUGCUUCCUGUGCCGAAGCAGCAAAAAUCAAAAUCUACACCAGGUAGCCGGUCGUCGACGCCCGGGCCGGCUUCCAAGGCAGGAAAUGUCACCAAGAUAUCUAUAGCAGGCGGGACGCCUAUGCACGGCGCAUCGACGGCUGUUGCCGACCUUGAUGCUGCGAUACGUGCGCUCGAGAUCAGCACCAACCCUACCAAGGCAGGCAACAGUACCACUGCGGAUAUUGAGGCUCGACGGUGCAACUGCGUUGCUACGAGGCACCCGCUUCAGGGUGCGGCGCCAAACUGCCUUGGCUGCGGGAAAGUUAUCUGCUUGAAGGAGGGGCUUGGGCCAUGCACUUUCUGCGGUACGCCGCUGCUGUCAUCGGGUGAGGUGCAGGCCAUGAUCAGGGAGCUGAGGGAUGAGUUGGGCAAAGAGAAGCAGGCUGCGAACCGGGCGGCCAACAAGAAAGCCGAGGUAUCGACAACUCCAAGGCCCUUCUCAAAGCCCAGAGAGGCAUUCGGCCCACGGCCAGGAGAGGAUCCGUCGGUGGCAAUAUCAGCCGCCGAAGCAAAGGCGAGGGAGCAUCGCGAUAAGCUGCUCAACUUCCAGGCCCAAAACGCACGACGGACUACUGUUCGUGAUGAGGCCAGCGAUUUCGACGUUUCAAUGACGGCUAGCAUGUGGGCAAGUCCUGAAGACCGAGCCAGGGAGCUCAAGAGACAGCAGAAGCUGAUGCGUGAGAUGGAAUGGAAUGCUCGACCCGACUACGAGAAGCGCAAGCAAGUUCUCAGUAUCGACGUUGUCGGCGGCAAAAUCGUCAAGAAGAUGGUCGCUGCGGAGAGACCACCAAGUCCAGAACCUGCAGAAGAAGUCUCUAUGGCCCAAACUCUCUCAGCCUUGGCGGAGACAGAUGGCAACAGGGUUUCUGGCGGAGGAGCUUUCAGUAAGAAUCCUCUGCUACAUGGUCUUAUAAAGCCAGUGUAUGAUCUCAAAGGCAAGGGUGCAGAACUGGAGGGAAGAAAAGAAAGAAAGGCGCAUUGGAGAAGGGUGCAGGACGACCUUGACAACAAUGAGAACGUCAUUCUGGAUGGGGGCAUACACGGUGGCUCGAAAAUCGCAGCGUCAACUAAUGAUGAGCCAAACUGUGGAUAGCCAUAUGCAUGAGGUAGUCCAUAGUCCACAGUAAGUGACAAUCUCAAUACUGAACAAGCAAUCCACCAACAACAUGAAAUUCUUGACCCCCCAUUACCACUCGG